CACUCACUCACCAGCCGCACAGCACCGAAAGGAUAACCCACCGUCGGCACCACCAUGUCCCCGGCCGAAAUACAACCAAUAACAAUCCUCGCAGUCCCCUUCCCCGCCCAAAGCCACCUCAACCAACUCCUUCACUUCUCUCUAAUCCUCUCCAGCCGCAACCUCCCCGUUCACUUCGCCGCCCCUUCCUCCUCCAUCCAACAAGCCCAACUCCGCCUCCACGGCUGGCCCUCCACCUCCCUCGGCAACAUCCAUUUCCACGAACUCGCUCUUCUCCCUCCCGCUCCCCUCCCCCCUUCAUCUCCCCCUCACCUCUCCCACGCCCUCCGCCUCUUCGAUACUCCCUUCCUCCUUCUCCCCUCUCUCUCCUCCCUCCUCCACUCCCUCUCCCUCUCCUCUCGACGCCUAAUCGUUCUCCACGACACCUUCAUGUCCGUCGCCGCCCUCGAAGCAGCUUCCCUCCCCAACGCCGAAUCCUACACCUUUCAAUGCGUCUCCGCCUUCCAAGCCCUCUUCGAACUCCAGCCCAAUCUCCGGCCCACGACCAGAGCUAACCCAAUCGUCGCAGCCCAGUUCGACGACUGGGUUCCGAAGCCCAUCCUCGAAAGCGUCAAGCGGCUUGAGCAUGAGAGGCCAGUUGAAGCAGGGAUCAUCGCAAACAGCUGUCGGGUGCUUGAUGGGGAGUUUGUGGAUCUUCUAGCGGAGGAAUACGGGUCAAAGAAGGUUUUUGCCGUUAGUCCGCUGCAUCUGAUUGGGCCGAGGGUGGCGGCGGUGUCGGAGAAGCGGCAUGACUGCUUGGUGUGGUUAGAUAAGCAGCCGGUGGCGUCGGUGGUGUACUUGUCGUUCGGGUCGACGACGACGAUGGCGGGUGUGCAGGUCGAGCAGCUGGCGAUCGGACUCCGGCGAAGCGGGCAGCGGUUUAUUUGGGUGAUAAGGGAAGCUGACGAAGGGGCCAUUGGGUCCGAAUCUGACAGCCGAACCGGCGGCUUGCCGGCCGGAUUCAAGGAGGAGAUGGAGGGGUUUGGAAUGAUAAUGAAGGGAUGGGCACCGCAGGUGGACAUAUUAGCGCACCCAUCGACGGCGGCCUUCGUGAGCCACUGCGGCUGGAACUCGAUUAUGGAGAGUUUGAGCUAUGGGGUGCCGAUCAUUGCAUGGCCGAUGCAGAUUGACCAGCCCAGAAACGCCAUGGUUUUGACAGAGUACUUGAAGUCUGGGGUAAUGGUGAGGGAGUGGGAUCACCGGAAGGAGGUGGUGCCGGCGGCGAAGGUGGAAGAGGUGGUUAGGAUGGUGGUGGUGGAGGAGGAGGGGAAAGAGAUGAGGGAGAGGGCGAAGAAGAUUGGGGAGGAGAUACAGAAGGCUGUGGCUGAGGGGGGGAGUUCCAUGGCUGAUUUGAAUGCCUUCGUUGCUCAUAUUACCCGCCAGGGAUGAUGCCGUUGAAUAAAGAGUUGCGUCGGUAAUAAUGGGCUGAUUAGCUUUGUAUCAGUAUGAUAAUUAUCUGUUUUUAAUGCAGUAAUUGAGGAGUUCAUCCUCUAUAUUUGGUUCAGUUUUUGUUGUUUAGGUUGUGUUGCUGCAAUGAAUUUCUAGUGGUUUCUAAUACUGAAAUAAAUCUAUUUAUUUUUUA